AUGGCAUCCAAGAGUCGGGGUGCAGUUGAUGCCUUCGUGGAUUAUUUAGCGGCCCUUCAGCAGAUUCCGCCAUCGACUGUUGGUGAAUGGAGGUCAGAAACCGGAACACUCCCGUCAAUGUCCACUACUAGCUUUCGGUUUUCGCAGAAAAGGGGUCUUUUAUCAUAUGCUGUGGAAUAUGGGGACGUGGCACUUUGCCAUCUUGUUGGCAGGAUUCUUGGCCACGAGGAGAUCAACAAGCGCGACCAGGAGGGAAGAACGCCUCUAUGGUAUGCCGCUCUGGGGGUACACAGCGAUGUUGUGAAGGUUCUCUGUCAAGAAGGAGCAGACCCCAACAUUGUUGGAAAGAACGAUAUCUCGCCUCUUUUAUCUGCAGACAACAACGGACAUCUGAAGGUUGUGGAAUGCCUCUAUCGGAAAGGUGCCAACAUUGAAGCAAGUUCUGAUUUUGGCACAACGCCUAUCUCAUGUGCAUCUAAGGCAGGGCAUGUCGACAUUGUGAAGUUCCUCUGUGAGAAGGGUGCAGAUAUCAACAAACCCGACAGCACAAAGAGAAGGCCUAUUUCAUACGCGUCUGAAGGAGGCCACACGGCUAUUGUGUCAUUUCUUGUUCGAGAAGGGGCUGACUUAAAUGCCAAGGAUGCCUAUCAGAACAUACCUGCAGUGUACGCUGUCAAGAAGGGCCAUGUGGAUUGUCUCAAGAUUCUUGUUAGCAGCGACUUCGAUUUUGAAGCGAAGAAUAAGUGGGGAGAAACGAUGCUGAUGAUGGCGGUUAAAGGGGGUCACCAGAAGAUGGUUGAGUGGCUUCUUGAGCAUGGAGCCAGUGCCAUCAAUCUUCGAGAUGAAAGAGGGCGGACGCCUUUUAGCUACGCUGUUGCUUCUUAUAAAGGUCAGGACGUGGUGAAGUUUCUGCUCUCUACAGGAAAGGUUGAGAUUGACUCUAAGGAUGACGAUGGCCGCACGCCACUUAGCUAUGCUGUUGCCCGUUCGGAUAAUCACGCUAUGGUGAAGCUACUACUCGACACCGGGAAGGUCGAGGUUGACUCUAAGGACAAUGAUGGCCGCACGCCACUUAGCUAUGCUGUUGCCCGUUCGGAUGAUCACGCUACGGUGAAGCUACUACUCGACACCGGGAAGGUCGAGGUUGACUCUAAGGACAAUGAUGGCCGCACGCCACUUAGCUAUGCUGUUGCCCGUUCGGAUAAUCACGCUACGGUGAAGCUACUACUCGACACCGGGAAGGUCGAGGUUGACUCUAAGGACAAUGAUGGCCGCACGCCACUUAGCUAUGCUGUUGCCCGUUCGAGAAAUGAGCUCAACUUAAAACUUCUCCUAGGGACUGGGAAUGUUGACAUAAAUUCCAAAGACGAUGGUGGGCGGUCGCCAUUGAGUUGGGCGGCGGGGAACGGGCCUUAUCACUCUGUAAAAGAGCUUCUUUUGGUUGGCACAGUGGAUGUGGACGCAAGGGAUUUGCAAGGCCGUACACCACUUGUACACGCCUUGGAUUAUCUACUACCGAAUGUAUCGGAUAGGUUCGACAGGAGGAGAGGAUUUCACAUCAUCACUGCCUUCCUCAAGACUGGUAGAGUCAACGUUGAUCUGACAGAUAACCGGGACCGCACAGCGCUUGAUAUCGCCGCCGCGAUUGACGGAAAGGGCACAAGCUAUGAAGGGAGAUAUCGCUGGUGGAGAAAAGGAAACAGUGUCGUUAAAAUGUUGCAAGAGUAUAAAGAAGGAAGGUUCAGCGGUCUGCCAAAUCCGGAGCUGCUUUACUGA